UCGAAUUUUCGAACACGAACUUCCGCCCGAUUGAAAAAGACAAAAAAUUUUCCUUUUCAUUUCUUUUUCUCGUAGAAAUGCCACCCAAAAAGCCAACCGAGAAAUCCGGCGCCAAGCCCGGCGAUAAAAAGCCUGAGAAGAAACCCACCACUGCUGCCGCUGCAGCUGGUGGUGCUAAGAAGGAAGCCGCUGCUAAACCUGCUACUGCUGCUGCCCCCAAAAAGGCCGCUCCAGCUGCUAAGAAACCCGCCACUGCUGCUGCCGCCAAGAAGCCAGCAGCCAAAAAGGCUGCCCCUACCAAGAAGGUCGCCUCCAAGGCUAAACCUAAGGCCAAGGAUGCCAAGAAGAAGACCACUGUUGGCAAGAAGCCUCAAUCCGUUUUGGCUAAAUUGUCUGCCAAGGCUCGUGCUGCCGCCAAGAAGGUUACCACCAAACCCGGUGCCAAGAUCCAAAAGGGAACAGCUAAGGCCAAGGCUGUUGCUUUGUUGAAGGCCAAAAAGGCCCAAACCAAGAUCAUUAAGGGUGCUUUUGGUACUCGUACCCGUAAGGUUCGUACCAAUGUUCACUUCCGUAGGCCCAAGACCUUGAAGUUGCCACGCAACCCCAAAUACACACGUAAAUGCGUGCCCACCAGAAAUCGCAUGGAUGCUUACAAUAUCAUUAAAUAUCCAUUGACCACUGAAGCCGCCAUGAAGAAGAUUGAAGAUAACAACACCUUGGUAUUCUUGACCCACUUGAAUGCCAACAAAAAUCAUAUUCGUGCCGCUGCCCGCAAGUUGUACGACAUUAAGGUAGCCAAGGUUAACAUUUUGGUGAGACCCGAUGGCAAAAAGAAGGCCUACGUUCGUCUGGCACGUGAUUACGAUGCCUUGGACAUUGCCAACAAGAUUGGCAUCAUAUAAACAAUUACCCAUAUGGAUAAUUUUUUCGUGUGUUAUUACAUUGGAAUAAUUACUUUUAAUUCUAUAAUUUUAUAGAAGCGAUCUAUAACCAUUUUUAAUUUUAAUGUGCAACUCCUCCCAAA